AUGUCUGCGAAGUUCUGGAUUGCGGCGUUGUGGGCGCUUGCCCCACGAGGCCUUCACGCCCUGCGCACGCAGGAGGAGCUGGCGCUCGGACUCGGCCUCGUCAGCGGCAACGAGACCAACUUCCUGACAGUCAGGAAGGACUACGAGCCCUUCAUUCGACGGGAGGUCGUCGGCGCUGAGACUGCAGCGAGUUGGCUGCGGCAAGGCUUUACACCUUUCGGCCGCCGAAAGGACUGGAGCUUGACAUCCAGCCUCGGCAUGCAGGAGGCCAUCGUCUCCGUGCUCUACGAUGACCUCCAGCACACCAAGCAGCCGGUGAUCGACGUUGGCUCCGGGCACCUUGCAUGGAGUUAG